CGGAAGUUAGACGUCACGUCGUGAUCACGCAGUCCACAGUCACAUGAAGCGUUUCACAGCAAAAUAUAUUUAUACAGUUCUUUGUGUCUAUUUUCAGUGAAUUAGAACCGAAACAUCAGCAACGAUCUGCAGGAUAUUUAAAAACCAACAUGGACGAAGACGGCCUUCCGAUUGUGGGGUCUGGUGUUGAUCUGACCAAGGUCCCUGCUAUUCAACAGAGAAGAAUCGUUGCUUAUUUGAAUCAGUUUGUUGUACACACGGUCCGCUUCCUGAACCGUUUUUCUGUAGUUUGUGAAGAGAAACUUUCAAACAUAUCUCUCCGCAUACAGCAGAUUGAAACCACGCUGUGCAUUUUGGAAGCCAAACUGUCCUCCAUUCCCGGGCUUGAGGACGUCACAAUAGAUGGGCUCAGUCAGCGACAAACUGCUCAGGCCAAUGGACCCCCUACCGCCAGCCAGAGCCAAACAGACGGUCCAUCAGGGCAGCCCCUGCCUCCUGCAGAGCCUGCUCAGACUGCACCGGAUCCUGUGACAACACAAAAAGCAGAAGCAGCAGCAGAGAAUGUCAUGACAGUGGCCAAGGACCCACGUUAUGCUCGAUACCUGAAAAUGGUUCAUGUGGGAGUUCCAGUUAUGGCUAUUAGAAAUAAAAUGGUCAUGGAGGGUUUGGAUCCUAGCUUGAUCGACACACCAGACGCCCCCGUGCCUGACGGAGGAACGACGACCGCAAACGAUCAAGAUGUAGAUGCCACCAGCUCGGACAGCGAAUCCUCUUUCAGUGACUGACAUCCAUCCUGAGUCCCCAUCACCGCGAAGCUUACUGUAAAGGCUAUCCAUUGCUAUUCUGAGCUUCUGUAGGCUGGUUCUCAGAAAGAGAAGUGGUGUGUCUGUAAAGAGGUAGCACCGAGAAGGUGCCCAUGUAAGUGCCUGAAACCGGAGAAUCCAACCAGAGUGAUUGUGAUUUCAGUGAAAAGAGCUGAAAUAGUUUCAGUUACCUCCUCACUUUUGUUAGAUUUAGCAUUUUUGUCAAAUAAUUUUCCAUUUUAAGAAUCAGCAACUGUAAGAGUUAUUGGUCUUCUUUUCUUUGCCACACUACUAUCAGAGCAUAAUGCUUUUUGCUUCUUUGUUGCAGGGUAAAACAGAAACAAAUAUGUACUGGAUACUUUGAAUGUUUGUUAUGGUGAGGGAGAAAAACAUCACAGUAUUUUAGUAUUGAUAUAUG